AGGGGUUAAUCGGAAUUUACUCUUGAAAUAAUUUUUCUUAGGGUUUCAAAUUCAUUUUCGAUCUCUAGGUUUCAACUUCAACAGUUCACCGUGAUUUCAAUGGCGUAACUUCCGUUCGCCGGCGAGUUAUUUCCGUCACCGUCACAAACUCCGCGCUGGCCCUUUCUCCCGAGUAGAUGCUUCUCUAGAUAGGAGAGCUCAACUUUCCUAUUCAGAGUCAGGAAGUGGUGAACCUAUUGAUGGGUGCACCAAAGCAGAAGUGGACAUCAGAAGAAGAAGCUGCCCUUAAAGCUGGUGUAGCAAAGUAUGGGGUUGGAAAAUGGAGCACCAUACUCAAAGAUCCAGAGUUUGCUGCUGUGUUGCGCUCUCGCUCAAAUGUGGAUCUGAAGGUACCAGGCAUAACAACGUUGUCAAAUCUUGUCUUGUCAUUCUGUGGGAAGCUUAUUUAGCCGGCUGGAGUGUCUUAUAUUCAUAUAGUAGCAUUGAAUGUCUCUUCUGUCUGGUUGUGCUUUUUUUUCCCUUUCUUUCUUUUUUCCGCUUGUUUUGGUUAGUAAAAAUUGCCUUGAUGGGCUUAGUUUUGCUUGGGCAGGAUAAAUGGAGAAAUCUACAUGUCAUGGCAAAUGGUUUGGGGUCUCGGCAUCAAGCGUCUCGGCAUCAAGGAAGGGUUGUCUCUAAAAGUGUCCAGCCUAAGCAGAAGCGUGAUGGCAACUCCUUGCUUGUUAGCACCGCGGUUGAGAAUGAUAUAGAAGUUCUUGAUCCUAAACCUCUUGCAUCGUCUGGUGAUGCACUGGAGGAUGUUGGUUGUGAAAAAACGAUUUGUAGAUUGGACGAUCUUAUAUUGGAGGCAAUAGCCAAAUUGAAGGAACCACAUGGAUCUCGUCGAAAUGCAAUUUUGUCUUACAUAGAGGAGUGGUAUACGGCACCUCCAAACUUUGAAAGACUGUUGGCAGCAAAUUUGAAGGCGUUGACUGAUAAAGGAAGACUGAUAAAGGUAAGGCAUCAAUACAGGAUUGCCCCGAGUAGAUUAUCAUCUGGUACCAAGGGAGGCCAUCUCCCUUUUCUUAUGGAUGGAAAGGAGGAUUCCACUAUUAUAGAAAAGAAUGAAAUUAGAAUACGGACUAAAGCACAAGUUGAUGUGGAGUUAGAGCAGAUGAAGAGCAUGACUGCAGAGGAGGCUGCUGCAGCUGCUGCACAAGCAGUUGCAGAUGCUGAAGCUGCCAUUGCUGAGGCGGAACGGGCGGCAAGGAUUGCAGAGGCGGCUGAAGCAGAGGCAGAGGCAGCACAGUGUUUUCAUGAAGUUACAUUGAAGGCAUUGCAGCAUCAAACCAUCUCCGUCUGAUGACAUUAGCUGGAUCCACCACUUGGGUUUUCAUCUUCAGUACAGUUGGCAAUAUAUUGUUGAUAUGCGGAUAGAAUUGUAAAUGUUGUGAUUUUGUUCCAUUGCUAGUGAUCUUAAUUAUAGCAUUGAGGUCAUAUUGAAGUUUAUACGCAAAAGGAGUACAGAAAUCCUUUUUUGGUGGUUGACAUGCAAAAUGUAUAUCCUCAAAAUGUCGCUAACCUUUUCUUUAUUUUUAAAAUAAAUAUUUUGUCUUUGGUGCGGAGUGGCUGUAUAAUAGAGCUGGUUGAAUUGCCGUUGAUCCACAAAAAAUCUUGAUGAACCUAUGAUUCAGAAAAUAUUUGUUUUGAUUGUGGUUU